AUGUCAACUAUAAGUGAGCCAGGUACUACUUGGUAUUUCACCGGUGAUGAACAGGAACCAUUUUUAGAGACACCCUUAAAAGAGUGUACACCAGAACAAAUACAAGCGAAACUGAAAUUUUUGAUAAAAAAUAUUUUGCUACUUAGAUGCGAAUGUGAAGUAAUAGAAUUGAAUUCGAUAAAAGUACAACCCGACCUUAUCACUUCAAACACUAUCGACAUAUCAUGGAUGCCCUUUGCUUUAAAUUUCGAGCAAGAUAAUUUACUACCAGUCACUCCUAAAAUCCCAAAAAUAUCGAAAGAUAGGUUUCGCCAGUCCAUUAUUCUAUCAAAAUCGAAUAAAUCGAUUUUUGGCAGCAUGUAUAAUGUCGUUCAUAAUGCAAUUACAGUGAAUAAAAUAUCGAUACACCAAGUAAUUGCCGAAGUAGAGAAAGCCAUCAUAACCUUAGAAGAAUAUUUUGAUAAAAUAAACGUUGAAAUGACUAAGAAACUUGAUGAAAUUGAAAUCGAAACUGAAAACAUCGAGCUCGAAAUUAAUAGACAACUUCAAAACGUCGAAACCUAUAAGACAAACGUCUUGGUGGCCGGCGUUAACAAGUUAACCAAACGCAUACCGGCUGAAAAAUAUGAGAAAUUCAUAAAAAAAAAAUUGAUGUCGACUUCAAUUUACCUGAACGAUAUUCAAUUCAAAAUAAUCGAUGCCAUCAACGAGCAGCAAAUGCUACACGAAAGUUUUAUGACUUCGAAACAUAUACGAAACACGGUAUUUGAAGCGGACAUGCAUAACGUCAGGAUAAUGAACAAAAAACUAUUAAAGGAACAAAUCGAAAUAAAAGAGAAGAAUAAAAAACUUAAACAUCACCUAGGUGUUGUUCGUCAAGAUUAUUUGAAGAAAAAAUAUCAUUUGGAAAAGUUUGAACUUAAUUUAGGUUUACCAUCGUUGAACGCAGAAAUUAAACAUUUUAAAAAUAAAUUACUGAGAAUAACGUCUAUUACUCAAAAGAUAACUUUAGAAGUAGAGAAUAAUGAUAAAGACCACGAUGAUGAUGAUGAUAACGAAACAAUAUACAAUGAAGAAACUGAAGAUGAUCAAAUCAAUCAUUAUCUUGAAGUUAAAAGGUCUAUCGAAAAGACAGAAAAGUAUAUUAAAACAAUGAAACUGAAAUUAGAUCGACAAAAUAAACUUAAUAAACCGGUUAUGACAUUACAAAAUUUAUAUGAUUUCAAGAUGACGUCCAUAUGGGCUUUUUUAAUAGGCAUGUUGACGGCAUUUGGAUUUAUGUUUAUUUUUUGGUUUAUAAUUUACAAAGGAAUAUCCAUAGAUACAAUUGAUGACAACAAAUUAAAAACCCAAAAACCUACCACGAUUUGCUCUUGCUUAAAUCGUUACUGUUGCAAAGAUAAACCACAAGAAUUAAAAAAAUGCCCAGCCAUACGACAUAAAUAUCCAUUAUUUUCCUACAAACGAUCACCGAAAUUCAUAGCAUAA